GGGCCGCGGACCACCGCGACGCCCGUGGGCCGGCGCCGGUGCUGAACCUUUCCCAGCACAGGGCCUUGCAGCUGGAUCGCAACGAGCUGAUCCCGCCGCCCUGCCGCGACGGGUGCUUCAUCUUCGAUCCGCUCACUGCGGCGGAGCUGGCCGACUACGCGAGGCGCGGGGAGAUGCUCGCGGCGAUCCAAGGGAUCGCUGCCGCCUCCGCCGCGGCCAUCGACGCCGUCUGGCGCGUGGCGGACCCCUCGCACGCAGCCUUCGCGUCAGCGGUGCCCGAGGCCGCGAUCUCUGACCCCGACUGCUUCGUCGCGCGGGAGGGGGGCGGCUCGGCGCUGAUCGAUCGCCGCUGGGUUCGCGCCUUGGCGGUCGAGGUCGGCCGCGAGGAGGCCUGGCGGCUCGACGAGGCGACCGCUUUCGGCCGCGACCCCCGCGUCGCGGGCUUCCAGCGCGACCGCCACGGGGCCCCCUUCCUCUCCGAGGACGACGCCCUCACCCGCAUCGAGCGCUUCCCAUUCUCGGGCCCGAGGGUCGCCGCGGAGUUCUUGCAGCGCCUCCGCGCCCGGGGCCAGUCGCUCACUGCGCGCCGUCACGACUGGGCUCGCAAGUCGGGGGUCAACGCAAACGGCGCUGCAGGUCGGGAACACUUCCUCGUGUCCGAGGUGCAUUGCUGGACCGUGCAAUUCAACCAGCUGGACGUUUCGAUGCUGGCCAGCGCGGAGCUGCUGUUCCGCCGCUUCGCGCAGAUCGAGGCCGCGGUCCGCCGCGACGCGAAGGUGCCCGACUUCGCGGGCCUGGAUGUCUCGAUGAGUGCGGCCGCCGACGAGAGCGGCGCGGCGACCGCGGCGGUCUUCUCGCAGUGGGUCGCCGACCGCCUCAAGGACCUAGCCGCGAUCGCGAAGCAGGGCCGUUUGCUGCGCGAGGAGAAGGGGGCCGAACGGAAGCCGGCCGCCGACCCCAAGAACAAGGGGGGGUCGCGGCGUGCUGGCAUGGCGGAGUCGACUGUCGCGCUGAACGCAUUGGCAUCGGCUUACGCCCAGUCGCAUUCGGCUAUCGUCGACCCGCCCCCCCGCGCCCCCAACGCGCCGCAGGCCUCGGUGAUCGCGCGGGGGUGGGCGGAGAGUUUCGCGGUCUUCGACGCUGACCGCUUGAAGGUCUUGAAGCGCCCUGCCCGGCCCGAGCCGCUCGAGCCGGCGCUCACGAGCCUGUCCCUCUCGCAGCACCUCGAGUCCGAGCGGCGCCUCGAGCGCUCCGCUGCCGGGGCGGGGGCCCGCAUCCAGGACGGCCUGAUCACGCCCGCGAUGCCGUGCUGGGACCUGAACGAAGCUCCGCUCCUCGCGCUCCGCCCUCUUCGCGCUGCUGAAGGGCUUGCUGGGCUUCGGGCUUGGCGGGCUACGGACCUCGAUCCGCGCUCGGAUCGCGCUGUUCUGCCGCGGCGGCUCGCGGCUUCGCUUCGCGCUGACGGCUCGCGGCGCAUGGUCGUCGACGCCCGCGAGGCCAACCAGCUCAUGCAGGAGCCGCCCCGCGCGCAGCCGGGGGGCCCAGGUGCCCUGCGCGACCUCGACCUGAGCGACGCCGCUUUCGAGAUCGCGGGAUGCGACCCGCGCGCCGCCGACAUCCACAUCGCCGGCCUGGGCCUCUACCAGGGCUUCUACCAGUGUCGAGCCAAGCGUGGGGGCGUCACCACUUGCUACGACGAGGACACCGAGCAGGACGCCCCCGUCGACGGCGACACCAUCCUGCACUUCGUGAUGGAGGUGCUCUGCAUGAGCUCCAGCUGGGCGCUGUACUUCUCCCAGUCGAUCAUGGAGGAUGCUGCCCUCGCGGCCGCUGGCCCGCGCGCCUGCUCCCCGGGCCGCCCGCUGAUCCCGCUGGGCGGCCUCCUGCGCGAGGGGGCCCCUACGCCCCUGGUGGCCCCUGAGCACCCUGCGUUCUCGGUGUACGUCGACAACGGCACGGUGAUCGGCUUCCACCGCGACGACGCCCAGCGCGGCCUGGACCUCUACCUCGCGCGGCCGGAGGAGAUGGGCUUCAUCGUCCACGACAUCGAGCCCGCGCAGACCACUCUCACCGUCGUCGGCUUGCGCUUCUUCGAUCGGACCCAGCUCCAGCUGCUGCCGACCGAGAAGUACACCUGGCGGCUCUCCCUGGCGAUGGGGCGGCUGGUCCAACAGGGCGGUUGCCCGGGCGUCGCCCUCGAGCGGGUCGUCGGUCACCUCGUGAACCACUUCCGCUCGAUGCCGUGGGGCCUCUCCGCUUUGGACCACUGCCGCCGCUUCUUGCAGCGUCGUGGCCGACGCGAGCGGGGCUUGUUCAGCGACGCCCUAUGCAUCGAGCCCCGCGUCCUGAAGGGCCUCGCCAAGCUCGUCGACGUGGAUCUGGCGGCCCCGCGGACGCCCGUGGCCUUCUCAGGCGACGGCUCAACCUUGGGCUACUCGCUCCCCUUCGCGCGGGCAACGGCGUCGGACAUCCUGGGCGCGGGCCGCUCGCGCGAGCGCCAGCGGUUCAGAGUUGGGGGGGGGGGGGCCAACCUCAAGGCGACCGCCGACGGCAGCGACCGGAUCGCGGCAUGCUCCCCGCACAUGGCCGCCGCGCCUGGCUCGCUCGGGCUUGACAUCGCGCGCGUCGGUGAGCAGGGCGACGGCCCUCCCUUCGCUCGGCGGCGGCGCGCUCCCUCUAGCGUGUCGGAGGCCUCGGGCACCUUCCAGGCGCUGGGCGACGCCUGGACCGCCCGCUGCCCCGCGGCGCAUGGCAUGCGGCCACUCGGGCUCGCGGGCGACCUGAGCGCGCUUCUGGCCUCCAUGGAGGGUCGAGCUGCCGACUUCUGGCUGCGGCCCCUGGCGCGGCAGGCGGCGGCUCUCGCCAUCGGCGCCGAGAUGGUCUGGCACCUGAGGUACGUCGAGAGCGCCCGCAACUGCGCGGACAACGACUCUCGGGCUGCCGAUCGCGGGGAG